GUCGCCCGCGCGCUCCCGGAAGUUACGCCGCAUAAAGUGUUUGGCGUUUGUUUCCUGACAGACGCUGGGGUUCCUGCCGCUACUGCGAUAAAAACAGCUAUUGUCGGGACAUCUGACGCUCACCACAGAUGGACCAGCAGGCCCAGUCCUACAUGCUUGCCAGUCUGACGCGGCCCCACUCUGAGCAGCUGCUGCAAGGCCUCCAGCUGUUGCGGCAGGACCAUGAGCUGUGCGACAUUGUGCUGCGAGUGGGGGAUGCUAAGAUCCAUGCCCACAAAGUGGUGCUGGCGAGCAUCAGCCCUUACUUCAAGGCCAUGUUCACAGGAAAUCUGUCAGAGAAGGAGACCUCUGAGGUGGAGUUCCAGUGUGUUGAUGAGGCUGCGCUACAAGCCAUCGUUGAGUAUGCCUACACUGGCACAGUAUUCAUCUCACAGGAAACGGUGGAGUCCCUACUGCCAGCUGCUAACCUGCUCCAGGUCAAGCUGGUGCUGAAGGAGUGUUGCUCUUUCCUAGAGAGCCAACUAGAUGCUGGGAACUGUAUAGGCAUCUCUCGCUUCGCUGAGACCUAUGGCUGCCAUGAUCUCUGCCUGGCUGCCACUAAAUUCAUCUGCCAGAAUUUUGAAGAGGUGUGCCAGACAGAAGAGUUUUUUGAGCUGACACGGGCGGAGCUGGAUGAAAUAGUGUCAAAUGAUUGUCUGAAGGUAGUAACCGAAGAGACUGUGUUCUAUGCCCUGGAGUCGUGGAUCAAGUAUGAUGUCACUGAGCGGCAGCAGCACCUGGCUCAGCUACUGCACUGCAUCCGCCUGCCUCUCCUCAGUGUUAAGUUCCUUACCCGCCUCUAUGAGGCAAACCACCUUAUCCGGGAUGACCACGCCUGCAAGCACCUGCUCAACGAGGCUCUCAAAUACCAUUUCAUGCCUGAGCACCGGCUCUCCUACCAGACGGUGUUGUCUACACGGCCACGCUGUGCUCCCAAGGUGCUCCUUGCUGUUGGAGGCAAGGCUGGACUCUUCGCCACCCUCGAGAGCAUGGAGAUGUAUUUCCCUCAGACGGACUCGUGGAUUGGGCUUGCCCCUCUCAGUGUGCCCCGCUAUGAGUUUGGAGUGGCAUUGUUGGACCAGAAGGUGUAUGUGGUGGGUGGCAUCGCCACACACAUGCGACAGGGCAUUAGCUACCGGAGACAUGAGAGUACAGUGGAGAGAUGGGACCCUGACAGCAACACCUGGUCUACAGUGGAGCGCAUGGCAGAGUGUCGCAGCACCCUGGGGGUAGUGGUCUUGGCUGGGGAGCUCUAUGCCCUGGGGGGCUACGACGGCCAGUACUAUCUACAGUCUGUGGAAAAAUAUGUCCCCAAGGUGAAGGAGUGGCAGCCUGUGGCACCCAUGACCAAGUCACGCAGCUGUUUUGCCACCGCUGUGCUGGAUGGCAUGGUCUACGCCAUCGGAGGCUAUGGUCCAGCCCACAUGAACAGUGUGGAGCGGUAUGACCCCAGCAAGGAUGCCUGGGAAAUGGUAGCCCCCAUGGCAGACAAACGGAUCAACUUUGGUGUUGGGGUCAUGCUAGGGUUCAUAUUUGUGGUUGGGGGACACAACGGGGUAUCACACCUGUCCAGCAUUGAGAGGUAUGACCCACACCAGAACCAGUGGACAGCCUGUCGGCCCAUGAAUGAACCACGCACAGGGGUUGGCUCCGCGAUCGUGGACAACUAUCUCUAUGUGGUGGGGGGUCACUCGGGGUCAUCCUACCUGAACACUGUCCAGCGAUACGACCCCAUCACAGACAGCUGGCUGGACUCAAGCGGCAUGAUGUACUGCCGCUGUAACUUUGGGCUGACUGCACUUUGACCCAUGAUACCCCUGGGUAGGACUCCUUAAGAGAAGAGUUGGACGAAAGGCUUUUCUUUUCUCCCC